CUCUCUAUACUAUGCAUCUGCCCACCAUACCUGAAUUGUGACCGUGCGAGGAAAGGAUAGUAACUUAACAGUACUCGCGUGCAUGUCCGAAAGAACAAGAAAACAUUAUACAGAUACCGUAGCGAUGCGUUAACUCAAUGAGUGGGAUCUCAUGUUAGGCGCAGCAAUUUCACGUGGGGCAGCAACAGACUGAGAAUAGCUACUUAGUUAUAUUCUUGCAUGAACAAAGGUUUUAUAAAAUGGAAGAACUUUCAGUCUUCAUCGCGGUACCGGCUUUUACUCUAAUCCCAUUAUGAGUUCACCUACGCUACCAGAUUAUUAUACCGUUUACCAGGGAGUCUGGACCAAUUCGGCUCAUGGCGGUCGAGUCUUUGGUGCCACGCUAACUUUAAAUCGGAGAGACGGCGCCCUCCUGGUUGCAUUUAUCGCGCUUUUUGUCACCUUGGUUGGAACAAGCUUUUGGAGACUCGUUUGCUACGCUUUUCACUACUAUCGAUCAACCGAACUCCCUCGAGACGGCCUUCACCACCAAGUUCAGGCGACCUUCAGAAAUUCUGCCAACGGAGCAAGCGGUAUAUGGGGUCUCAUCUCAAUUCUUAGAGCUUGGAGAAAGGAAUCGACCUCAAAGCAGCCAUAUCGCCAGGUCCUGCCGCCUAUAGCCAUCUCACUAUUCAUUGUUUGCGCUUUCGCUACGGCCUCAGGGUUCUCUUCCCGUAUAUCUUCAGCUAUUGGUAACGAAGUACUCAUCCGAAGCGAUAAUUGCGGAAUAAUAAUGCCAGAUAACCGGACAAUCCUCGACCUAGCUACUGUCAUAGGCCCGUACUCCCAACAGCGUGGCAAGGCUCACGCGAAUUAUGCAUCGCAAUGCUAUAACUCUACCAAUCCAGAGACCUGCAACAUAUACGUCAGAGACAGGCUCGAUGUAGAAGUUAUUAGAAACGCUAGUUGCCCAUUCGGCGAUGUCUGCACCAGACCGAACAACUCUCUCGUUUUGGAUUCCGGCCUCGUUAGUCUAAGCGACGAUUUAGGCGUCAACUUUCCACCGGCAAGGCACUUUUCUCUCCGAUACAAAGCUCAAUGUUCUCCCCUGAAGGUUGGGCCGUACCAAACGUUCCACAAUUACACAGACGAGAGUGGUGUGACUACCUAUGCAAGAUACCAUUACGGCCAGAAUAACCUUUGGCGCCACAACUACACUUAUGAGUAUCGGGCCAAUACCACCGAAUUAAACCUGGCUCCGGCCCCGGAUUACACAAUCAGUGUAAUGAGUGCUUCUCAAUAUAACGGCACAUUCAAGGGCACAAGUUCAGUUUUCUACCCGAUUCCAGAGCUCGAUUAUCCAAACGCCGACCUCGAUCUCUACUUCCUAUCGGCCAACGAGAUCGGAUUCGCACAAGAGGUCAAGGAUGACUGGUACUCAGCUCAGCAGCCCAGCUUGACGCGCUCGAACAUGCAACUAGGCGACGAGAAGCUACACACGUACAAGCAAGAUACACCAGUGUCUGUGCUGGCUUGCACGUCGCAGAAACAGUGGUGCAUUAGCAAGGACAGGUGCACGCAGCUUUUGAGCAACCACGAUGCGGCGAUCACAGCGGGCGACAUGGCAGGCGACGAGGCGGCACUGGCGUUAUUCAAAUGGCUCGCCUGGGCGACGGUGCAGAGCGGGCCGAGCAUUAGCAUGGCAGUCUCUACGCUGGGCUCACAGGCUUUGAUGGCCCGCGACAAAAUGUUCGGAAGCAUCCAGGGCCCUCUACCUGACAACCAAUGGCAAAUAGAGGUCGAAGAUUGGUUCAACGUCGUCCUGGCUAACAUGCAAGCUACGUACGUCGACGUCGCCACAGGUCCGGCUGAAGAGUCUGCUGUGCGGUUGUUGAAGCGUCCAAGCAAUAAGGAGGAAAAGUUUCUUUGUCUGAAUCAGAAAAUCCGUAGUACUGCCUAUACCAAUAUCUCCGUCUUCGGCCUCGUCAUAAUUCUAUCACUUGGUACCAUUAUCAUCCUACUCUCGACCUUUACGGAACCCCUGAUCGCCUUCAUUUUACGGCGCCGUCGGGCAGAUACUUAUGCCCAUCUUGAAUGGGGUGUAAAUGAGACUUUACAACUCCAGCGACUGGCCCAUGAGGGUAUAGGGAUAGGGCGAUGGAAAAAUUGCAGUGAUUCAGUACCUAUAACGGAGAAAGGAGAUGACUUGGGCGUGUUAGACUUGGAUCAGAGGGAGCAUGUAAGAUUGAAGGCGCCGGUGGCCGGAUGGGAGAAAGAGGUGGUGGCAAGAGUGGACAGUGUAGGGAGUGAAGAAAGCGGAGAAAGUAAGUGUGAAAAGGGAGAGGCUGGGAGUGAGGGUGGCGAAAGCCCGAGAUGCAUAAGGCCAUGCUCUGAUGAGAUACGACGGGAUGAGGAAGCGUAAGAGCUUGAGGGCAAGUAACGUGGGAUACUGUCAACUGGUCCGACAACAAAGGUGAGACAGGCUUCCCGGUCAUCUGUUCGGUUCAGGCGGGUUGGAAAUCGCCUAACACAUCUACCACCAUAUUCUCCUUUUGUAUUUGUGUUUCUUUCUGUCUACCAUGCAGUUUCCACCUCGUACGUGCUUCAUCAUACGCAAUCAUGGUUUC